AUGGGGGCCUACAUCGACGAUAUGGUGGUAAAGAGUAAGGAGAAGUCUCAACACCUCACUGACCUUGCAGAAAUGUUUGCCAUACUUAAGCGCCACAAACUUCAUUUGAAUGCCUCCAAGUGCGCCUUCGGAGUCGGCACCGGGAAGUUUCUGGGGUUUUUGGUCACAAACCGAGGAAUUGAAGCCGACCCAUCACAGAUCAAGGCUAUACAAGAGCUGGAGCGCCCAAACUCCACGAAGGACGCCAAGUUCUUUUGGGAUGACGAAUGUGACCGUGCACUGGCAGACUUAAAAAUAUACCUUUCCUCAGCCCCUAUCUUAGUCACAACUCGGCCGGGCGAAGAGUUGUAUCUCUACUUGGCAGUCUCUCAACAUGCUGUGAGCGCCGUCCUAGUCCACGCUGAAGGCAUCCAGCACUUGCCCAUCUUCUAUGUAAGCAAGACUUUGCUCCCGGCUGAGACGAGGUAUCUUCCGCUGGAAAAAUUAGCGCUGGCCCUGAUGAUGACAUCACGAAAGCUAGCGCACUAUUUUCAUGCCCAUACAAUAGUUGUGUUAACCGAGUUCCCACUUAAGGUGCUUUUUGAAAAGGCAGACUUCACCGGAAGAAUUUUGAAAUGGGCCGUGGAAUUGGGGCAGUACGAUAUCAAGUUCCGCCCACGCACCACAAUCAAGGCUCAAGCUCUUGCAGACUUUGUGGCGGAAUUCGCCCUUGGAACGCAUCCAGUUUGCCCGGUUGAUUUGGCUGGUGCGGAUUUAGCGCAACCCAUGGUUUUGGCAAUAAAGACGAGUGUUGGCUCCAAAGUGGGAGAAGGCCGAAGAGCGACCGAACUAGAGGAGCUGGGUGACUUCUUGGAAGACGUGCUCAAUCAAGACAAGGAAAGAGACCAGAAUGAACCGAUCAGAGACUUGGAAUUGAGAAGCUCCCAGAACCCCUCUGAUUGCUGGAAGCUGUUUAUUAGCGAGAUGUGGAAGCUCUUCGUCGAUGGGGCAUCCAACAAGCAUGGGGCCGGGCUGGGUAUCGUACUGCCUUCACUAGAUGGGCUGAUUAUCGAGCAGGCAAUUACGCUCGGCUUCUCAGCAUCCAACAACGAAGCGGAGUAUGAAACCCUCCUUGCCGGACUAAGAAGCGCAUUGAGAAUGAAGGCGUCAGCCCUGAUGGUAUUCAGCGAUUCCAAGCUGGUGGUCAAUCAGGUAUCAGGGGAAUAUGAGGCAAGGGACAAAAGAAUGGCCAAGUAUCAGGCGCUGGUACACGCAGAGAUCACAAAGUUCGCCGCAAUAAGGAUGAAACAAAUCAACCGCGAGGAAAACAACGCGGCUGAUGAAUUGGCCGGACUUGCUUCUACUCAGACAGCUUUUCCUAACCCCUUGAUGAUAGAAUUUUUACCUCGGCCAAGCAUUGAGGAACCGGAAGUGACCGAGGUACUCUCUCCCUACUUGGGUUCUUCCUCCAUUAUCGUCUUCCUAAAAGAUAGAGUUCUACUGCAAGAAAAGAAGGCGGCCAACAAGAUUCGGGCCAAGUCAGAGCAGUUUUGGCUCUCCCCGUCCGGAGCCUUGUAUAAGAAGUCUUUUAUCGGGCUGUAUCUGAAAUGUGUCCACCCAGCCAAGGUGGAAGCUUUUCUCUAUGAGAUCCAUGAAGGCAUCUGCGGCAGCCAUACUAGGGCAGAUCUUUGGCUUACCGAGCAAUUUUCCAAGGUUAUUGGUGGCCGUGCAUGCAGGCAGACGCACAGAAAUACGUUCGCAGAUGUGAAAAGUGCCAGAAAUUUGCUCACUAGAUCCACCAGCCAGCGAGAGAAUUGCUCCCCCUUACAAGUCCUUGGUCGUUCGCACUCUGGGGAUUGGAUAUAG